UUGGGUGCCGGCAAACGCGACCUUAAUUGCUUGUGACCCGUUUCAUCUCGUCCUUCAGAGGAUAUUCUGGCUUGUUAUUGUGAAGUGACCGGGAAGAUCAAAAACCUCCCCAAAGACAUUCGCGCACACACAGACACAUUCUCUCUCUGUGCAGUAGAAGCAACAAUGGAAAAAGGAAAGAACAGCAAGAAAUCUUCUGCUAUAUCACAGGAACAGUUCGUCUCGAUCAUGACUCCUUUAAUCGAUAUGGAAAAGGAAGCUGAGAUAUCGACUUCCAUGAGUUCGGGUGCAAUGAGGAAUUUGGAUACUGCUCAAAAGAGGGGUUCCACCAUUCUUAAUUUGAAGUGUGUUGAUGCUCAGACUGGCUUGAUGGGCAAAAGUCUUCUUGAGUUUCAGUCAAAUAAAGGUGAUGUACUUCCUGCUCACAAGUUUGGGACUCAUGAUGUUGUUGUUCUAAAAGCAAACAAAGCUGAUUUAGGGUCUCCUUCCCUUGGCCAAGGUGUGGUUUACCGUCUAAAGGACUCCUCAAUCACUGUUGCUUUUGAUGAUGUGCCAGAGGAGGGUUUAAAUAGUCCUCUACGCCUUGAGAAACUUGCAAAUGAGGUGACAUACCACCGGAUGAAGGAUACCUUGGUACAACUGAGUAAAGGCGUGCAGAAGGGACCUGCUGCCGACUUAGUUCCUGUUUUAUUUGGAGAAAGGCCACCAACUGUGUCAAAGAAGGAUGUUACAUUCACCCCAUUUAAUUCCAACCUUGAUCAUUCUCAGAAAGCUGCCAUCUCCAAGGCGCUGUCAUCCAAGAAUGUAUUUUUGCUGCAUGGGCCACCUGGAACCGGAAAGACCACAACUGUGGUGGAAAUAAUCUUACAAGAAGUGAAACGUGGAUCAAAGAUUCUUGCUUGUGCUGCUUCAAAUAUUGCAGUCGAUAACAUUGUUGAGCGACUUGUCCCUCACAGAGUAAAGUUGGUGAGAUUGGGGCAUCCGGCACGAUUACUGCCUCAGGUACUGGAUAGUGCUCUGGAUGCACAGGUUCUACGUGGGGAUAAUAGUGCUCUUGCAAAAGACAUUCGCAAGGAAAUGAAGGCAUUAAAUGGAAAACUGUUAAAAACCAAAGACAAAGCUACGAGGAGGGACAUCAGGAAGGAGCUCAAGGCUCUAUCAAAAGAAGAGCGUAAAAGGCAGCAGCUCGCUGUGGCAGAUGUAAUAAAAAAUGCAGACGUGGUGUUGACAACAUUGACUGGUGCAUUGACCAAAAAGUUGGAGGGUACUUCAUUUGAUUUGGUGAUUAUUGAUGAAGCUGCUCAGGCACUUGAGAUAGCAUGUUGGAUAGCGCUACUGAAGGGUUCAAGAUGUAUGCUUGCGGGGGACCACCUCCAGCUUCCUCCAACCAUCCAGAGUGUUGAAGCUGAGAAGAAGGGGUUAGGUAGAACCCUCUUUGAACGCCUUGCCAACUUGUAUGGAGAUGAAAUCACGUCUAUGCUCACUGUCCAGUACCGCAUGCACGAGCUUAUAAUGAACUGGUCAUCCAAAGAGCUUUAUGACAGUAAGGUCAAAGCCCAUCCAAGUGUUGCUGCACAUAUGUUGUCUGACCUUGAGGAUGUAAAGAAGUCAUCUUCAACAGAACAAACCCUUCUUCUCAUAGACACAGCUGGGUGUGACAUGGAAGAAAAAAAGGACGAAGAAGAUAGCACACUGAACGAGGGCGAAGCUGAAGUUGCUAUAACCCAUGCAAAAAGACUUGUUUAUAGUGGGGUGCGAGCUUCUGAUAUUGGAAUCAUUACCCCUUAUGCAGCACAGGUUGUCAUACUGAAAAUGAUGAAAAGCAAUGAAGACAAGCUAAAAGAUUUGGAGAUUUCAACGGUUGAUGGAUUCCAAGGUCGAGAGAAGGAAGCCAUUAUUAUUUCAAUGGUCCGAUCAAACACAAAGAAAGAGGUGGGAUUUUUAAGUGAUCACAGGCGAAUGAAUGUUGCUGUGACACGAGCAAGGAGACAGUGUUGUCUUAUAUGUGACACUGAGACAGUGAAUAGUGAUGGUUUUUUGAGGCGCUUAGUUGAGUAUUUUGAGGAGCAUGGAGACUAUUUGAGUGCUUCAGAGUAUGGCAAUGAAUAGCCAAAAAAAGCCAAGGAAGAAGGCUCUUUUCUGUUGUCAGGGCAUCACUGACCUGUUGGCUGUAUGUGAUGCUGGAAAUGGUUACUGAGAUUUUCCAUACUUGUUUGGAACAGAAGAAAAUUGAUAUUUUGUUGAAAAAAGAUUCUAUCAUUUGCCAAAAUGGACAAUGGCCUUAUUAAUAUUUCUUUUUAUCUGUGAAA